GGGAUGGAAAACGAGCCUCGUUAACGCAGCGUCCCAGCUUCAACAAGCCCAAUUUAAAAGGCACUAUGUAAAGAAGCCCACGGUUUUAUCUAGGGCCUUCGGCACAUGUACCACGUGACUCGAGUCAUUUGCCGUUUCCGGCUUGAGGAUCCGUGGGAUGCCGGCUUCCGGUUCAGUCACGCCCCCGCUGCCAGGGCCGUCGCGGUGCAUUGUGGACGUGGUAGUUUCCGCUGCGUUUAUGGUUGCGCCGAGCGUGAGUCCCUGGGGUUCGGGGACUAGAACUUAAGAGACACAAGAGGAUUGCUGCCCUUCCCCCAGUUCUGGGGCCUGCGACGGAGGUUGAAUGUCCCCGGAUGGUUGUUUAAUGGAGAGAACCCAUCAGACUUCCUUGCUGUAGGCCCAAAAGCAGAAGAACCUUUGUGAGAAACGGAAAAUCAUCUUUUAAGAAGCUGGGCUUCGAUUUCCCGCCUUCCUCCCCACACCAAUCCUGUAAUUAUGCUGUAGGAGUAGGGGCUUUUGACCUUCCCGUAUCUGGUGCUGAUCUCACUGUAAAAUGACUUUCUGUUUCACUGGUAUUCGAAGCUUUUCUAAGCCUUGGAAGAGCAACCCAUACCUUGGGCUAGGCCCAGGAUACUCUUAUAUCUGUGUCUUUCUCAAAGAUUGUUACAGCAUCAGGAACCAACAGAAGUGGUUUUCUCUUAAAACAGAGUUUCUACAAAACACCAAAGGAGUGAAUUCCCUGAUUGUGAAGGCCAGAUAUCUCAGGAAAAGAGAUGAGGGCAGUAAUGAGCAAGUUUUUUCUGAUUCUUCUCAUCUUUUUGCAGCUGGAGCAGCUAAGAAGAGAUCACUGAUAAAUCCUAAGAGUAAAGAUCAUGCCUUGCCAUCUGUGAAGAACACUAUACAACUCCCAACAAAACCUUUGAGUUCAGAGGAGUGGGACAAACUUAAGGAAGAUUUUAAAGGAAAGGCUAAUUUUGAAAAUUGGAUCCUUUCACAAAUGGCUCACUGCCAUAGCUCUGUAGAUAUGGCCAAAUCUCUGCUAGCCUGGGUAGCUGCAAAAAACAAUGGUAUUGUAGGCUAUAAUUUGCUGGUCAAGUAUUUGUUUCUCUGUGUCUUUCAUAAGCAGACUUCAGAAGUAAUUGACGUCUAUGAAAUCAUGAAAGCCAGAUACAAGAGUUUAGAAUCUGGAGGAAACACUCUACUCAUCCGGGGAUUAAUCCAUUCAGACAGAUGGAGAGAGGCCUUCCUGCUGUUAGAGGACAUCAAAAAAGUCAUGGUCCCUUCAAAAAAGAACUAUAAUGACUGUAUCCAGGGAGCCCUCCUUCAUCAAGAUGUAAACAUAGCCUGGAAUUUGUAUCAGGAAUUAUUAGAUCAAAAUCUUAUUCCUAUGUUGGAAACUUUAAAAGCAUUCUUUGAUUUUGGAAAAGGCAUGAAAGAUGAUCAGUAUUCAAACAAACUGCUAGACAUUCUUUUGUAUCUAAGAAAUAAUCAGCUAUAUCCUGAUGAAUCACUUGCACACAGUGUAAAAACAUGGUUUGAGAGUGUUCCUGGAGAACAAUGGAAAGGACGAUUUACAACAAUCCACAAAAGUGGUCAGUGUUUGAGCUGUGGAAAAACCAUAGAGUCUAUUCACCUGAGUAGAGAAGAGUACGAAUUUCUCAAGGAAAAAAUCAUGAGGGAUGUGAUAGAGGGAGGUGACCAGUACAAAAAGACGACACCCCAGGAACUUAAGAGAUUUCAGAACUUUGUAAGAUCUUGUCCUCCUUUUGAUAUUGUCAUUGAUGGGCUCAAUGUUGCUAAAAUGUUUCCUAAAACUCGUGAAUCUCAAGCUCUAUUGGAUGUGGUCUCUCAACUAGCCAAGGAGAAUCUGCGACUGCUGGUCCUGGGCCGGAAGCACAUGCUAAGGCAGACUUCCCGGUGGAAAAGGGUUGAGAUGGAAAAGGUGCAAAAGCAAGCCAGCUGUUUCUUUGCUGAUGACAUCUCAGAGGAUGAUCCGUUCCUUCUGUAUGCCACACUGCACUCGGGCAACCACUGCAAGUUUAUCACAAAAGAUCUGUUGCGGGACCACAAGGCCUGUCUAUCUGAUGCCAAGACCCAGCACCUCUUCUUUAAGUGGCAGCAGGGACAUCAGCUGGCAAUUAUUAAUAGGCUUCCAGGAUCAAAAAUAACCUUUCAGUAUAUACUCAGCUAUGAUACAGUGGUGCAAACAACUGGAGACUCGUGGCACAUACCGUAUGAUGAAGACACAGUGGAAAGAUACUCCUAUGAAGUGCCAACCAAAUGGCUUUGCCUUCACCGAAAGACAUAAAGACUCACCGCCAUGCUAAAUCUGUGUGGGUACCCUCCUGGUUGGCAUCAGAGCAUUGCUUCUGUCCUGUUUGGUCCAAUUGGUUUAUAUGGCAACACAUUGAUUUUUUUUUAAUUAAAAGAGAUAUACUAUC